AUGAAAUCGUACUUUAGGCCCGCCCUAAAUAUUUCUAAACAUGUUAUUUUCUACAUUCCCACAGUCGAAAUUGGGCCCAUCGAAGAUUCAAGCGUAGACGAAAAUGUCAUCGAUACUAGCAGCCACAUGGAGGACUCCACCGUAACUACUGACACCACAAUCAUAACACCUACUGUCAACCUACAUGAUUAUUUAUUUACUGAACCCGAAAAGCCUGUAGAAGAGCUACUUGAGGCAGCGCAAGCUCGUAUCGAACAAUUAGAACAGCUGCUUUCAAAACAAUCUUUUUACAGACAACUGAAAGGGAUGUCAGACAAACGCGUUAGAUUCCAUACUGGCUUUUCGUCAUUUGCUAUUUUUGUGAGUACCUUCAAUGCCCUUAGACCCACAGCUGAAAGUAUGUUUUCAUGGUCCCAAGUACAGAGAGCACGAGCAAAAAGUGGGAAAGAUAUAAGUAACAUGAGAGACACUCUCAAGACAUGCAAACUUAGCUUAUUUGAUCAGUUUUAUUUAUGCAUUACUAAGCUGAGGCUGGGUACUUUUAAUGAGAAA